AUGGUCGAGACAACCAACGCUCCAGCUGAUCCUAUUGUCAGAGGAACUUUCGCAACAGCAAAACAAUCUUGGUCUGAUCUCUUCAAAUGGAAACAACGAGUCGCCAUCACCAACGACGAUGAUGAGACUUACUGUGAGUGGCAAUCACCUCGGCCUCUUCGAAAUCCCAUCAGUCUCUUUGCCCAACUUGGCGCCCGAGGUUGGCUUUUCUUCCUUGUUGGUCUAGCCGCGUGGACAGCCGAUGCUUUUGACUUCCACGCCCUGUCCAUUCAAACCGUCAAACUGGCAAAAUACUACGACACUACUAAAACCAACGUCACCACCGCCAUCACCUUGACUCUGUUGCUCCGAUCUGUUGGUGCCGCCUUUUUCGGCCUCGCCGGAGAUAAAUUUGGCCGUAAAUGGCCCAUGAUCGUCAACAUGGUGAUUCUUGGUCUUCUUCAAGUCGCAACAAUCUACAGCGCCACAUUCGCCCAGUUCCUCGCCGUUCGCUCACUAUUCGGCCUCUUCAUGGGUGGUGUAUAUGGCAAUGCUAUUGCCAUGGCGCUUGAGAACUGUCCGGUGGACGCACGUGGCUUGAUGUCUGGCAUCCUCCAACAAGGUUACUCCCUUGGCUACGUCCUUGCGGCGUGCUGCAACCUAGGCGUAGGAGGCGGCACCGACUCCUGGAAGACGGUGUUUUGGAUCGGAACAGGCCUCUCUAUCGGCGUGGGAGUGGUGCGUGUUUUCUUCCCUGAGUCCCAACAAUUCAUCCAAGCGAAGAGAGAAGGCAAAGGCCACACUUCCGCUUCUGCCUUCUGGACCGAAACCCGCAAGAUGCUCGCCCAGGAAUGGCGUAUGUGCAUUUACUGCAUCUUGCUGAUGACCUGGUUCAACUACUACUCCCACACCAGCCAAGACAGCUACACGACCUUCAUGCUCACGCAGAAGGAAUUGAACAACUCGGCCGCCAGCCGCGCGAGCAUUAUCAUGAAGACGGGCGCCUGUGUCGGCGGCACCAUCAUCGGCUACGUGUCCCAAUGGGUCGGUCGACGCCGCGCUAUCAUCGGCUCCGCACUCAUUUCGGCCUUGCUCAUCCCCGCCUGGAUCCUGCCCACGACGGAACGCAGCUUGUCCGCCACCGGUUUCUUCAUGCAAUUCUUCGUCCAGGGCGCAUGGGGCGUUAUCCCGAUCCACUUGAAUGAGCUAUCACCUCCUGCUUUCCGUUCAUCUUUCCCCGGCAUCACGUACCAGAUAGGCAAUAUGAUCUCGUCGCCUUCGGCACAGAUUGUCAACGCCAUUGCAGAGCACCAUUUCGUCACGGCUGUCGAUGGUGAGCAGGCACCCGCGUAUGGUCCGACCAUGGGUAUUGCCACGGCCAUUAUUGCGCUGGGCAUCGUUGUCACCACGGCCUUUGGGCCCGAGCGGCGCGGCGCCAAAUUCGAACUUGCGAAGCCAGCCGGUGUGCAGGAGAUGGAGAUCCGGAAUAAGCUUGAUGCUGAGAGUCAGAUUGGUGUUGAGAAGGAAACUGUGGCGCAGACGGAGAAUAUUGCUGAUAAGCAUUGA